AUGGGCAACAACAACACAAAGGAUGUGCCGGAUCCGUCGUCAGGGCUGACCCCAAGACAAAAGGACGCUAUCAGGGAGUCCUGGAAAUUGAUGGACAAGCAUCAGAAGAUGAUUGGAACCAAAUUUUUUGUCAAGUUUUUCUCGGAAAAUCCUACAUAUACGCAGACUUUCACGAGAUUCAGGCAUGUGACAUUGGACGAUUUGCCGAAUAACAAGGCACUACAAGCCCAUGCUGUCACCUUUAUGAAGGGCAUGGGCACAUUGGUGGAAAAUGUGGAUGACCUGGAAUGUAUGGAUGAACUGUUGUACAAAAUUGCAACCAGGCAUCAUCCAUUUGGACUCAAGGCAUCUGAUCUGCACAAAGGAACGGAUAUGUUUGCUGAGACCCUGAUGGACUUGGAGAAUAACAUGUUUGAGACAUUGGAAUAUCCUCCAGAGUUUGUGGUUGCAUCAUGGAAGAAGGCAUUUGACGUGAUCAUACCAAUAGUUGGCGAAUACAUAGACGAUUUGCAAAGAGCCGAAGACGAAUGCCUUUGAAGAACAAGAGGAAAACAAAAAACAAGAUGCGUUUUUCGUUCAUUUUUUCUCGAGUUUUAUUUUUUUUAGGCGAACCGAAAGUGAAGCUUUCCUUCCCUCGAUUGUAUAGUUUUUGUGGAGAAAAUGAACUUCAAUUUUUCCCCGAAGAAUUGAUUAACCAAAAAUAGAGGGGAGAAAUAUAUGAAAUGGAAGAGACCAAAGAUUUUGAAGAACAAAUGCAGAUUUGAGGGAUAUUGUAAAAAAAAAGAAGAGCCUACAUGAUUUUAGAUUUUCCUUGUGUGUCUUUUGAGUUUGAAAAAAAAACCUGAUC